AUGGAGCCUUCGAAUGGCAGAGAAGACGUGGUGCACCCCGAACUCGGAGGCUUCGCCGAUGAAGAUGAUGGCGUCAAUUACAGGCUUGGAGACGACGCCCUCGAUGUGCUCCGCGACAUCAAGAAAUGGAUUCGAUUUUACGACGAGAGGACAAACCGCAUGGACGUCGCGAGAUGCCUGGCAGACGCAAACUUGGUCAGCGGUGACCUGGUACACAUCCUAGCUCUCUGGACCGAGAACUGCAAGGAUGAAAGAUACAAGUCUCGCAUAGCUCUCGCCUGUUACGAACUUUUGGCUCCCUUGACAUGGCCAAUCGAAAAGAACAAGGAGACCAUGACCAUCAACCACCACAGACAUGUUCCGGUGCUUGAGCUCGCGCAACUGAAAUACAAGCGCGACAUAUUAAACUUCGACGGAGCACAAAUACUUCACACAGCAGUGCGCGCUGCUUUGCCCUCUAUGGCGAUGCCCAUCGGCGACAGGACGCAAAGGGAUGUCGGGAUCAUUAAGCUGGUUCUCUACUUCUUGCGAAACAUUGCCAUGAUCAUACCUCCUGCUGGGAUCAAGUUCGAAGGAGAUGAGACUCACAUCUCACGGUCGGCCAUCAUUGACGCAUUCUCGUACCAAGACAUCUUCCUCACGCUCUUGACAUUGGCGUCAAAUAUGGGCGAAGAGUUCAAGACCGAGGAUGUCGUCGUUAUGGAGAUCAUUUUCCACCUCAUCAAACGGGUCGACGUCAAAAAGCUCUUCCUUAACGAGCAGGAACUGAGGAAGGCCAAGACAGACGAGCUGUCCGGCGCAAUGAAGAAGGAGGCAUCCAUGUUGCGAUCAUACAGCCGAAAGGCUCCAACCAGGCACAGUCGCUUUGGCACCAUGUUAUGGGUUCAGAAGUCGGACGGGAAAGUGUCCUCUCUGUCCGGCCAGGGUGCGCUUGCGGAUGUGUCUAGUCGAGAGCGGAAGUUGGACGAGUCCAAGACAUUCCGACCUCCAAGACGAGCAGCAAAAGAAGACAUGGAGCCAAAGGACCUUGGCCCGCAAGUCAUACUGAAUGCGCGAGCCAACAACCAGCUAUGCGGAUUUGUGGAAGUAUUCCUGGAUUCCGGCUUCAACCCUCUAUUUCAGCAGGUGCGCAAGACCCUCGAGAGGGAGGGCGCAGAAGUCAUGCAGCACCACGCCCAACAAUUCUUCUACACGGUAGCUUGGUUCCUCGAGGCCGAAAGAGCGAGGCAACAGGCCAAGAAGGGCACGAAGUCUUCAUCCGAUGACCAAGUGAGCAGUUUUCAGCUGGUCGCAGGCGUGUUGAACCAAGAGAUGUUUAUUGCCCUGAAACGAAACCUUCACAAAUCAUUCACCGACGGCGACUGGCGAGAGCUGAACGCCGUCAUGCGAUGCUUCACUCAGAUUCUCCUUACAAUCCAGGAAAUGUUUGCAUCAGAGAACGAAGAAGACCAGGAAAUUGCGGAGAAUGCCCUGAGUCGUUUGUUCUACGAAGAGAUCACCCAUGAUACCAUCGUCAAUAUUGUACGUGCGUACAAGGACCAAGGGUUCGAUUAUUUGGAUGCGUGCACAGAACUUGUCCAUACGUAUAUGCGGGUUCUGGAGGCCUACUCCAAGGAGAAUGUAGACAUGCAGGUCCGAUCCAAGAGGAGAACCCGGAAGAAGAAAAAGGCUGCCGUUGCCGCUUCGCAAGACCAAGAAGCCAAUGGCAGUGAUGAAGAGGAUGCAGGUUCUGCAGACGACCAGGCAGCUGCUGAGAAAACUGCCCAGGAACGCAAGUUCGAUUUCAAGAAGUUUGCCAACCGGUUCGUUCCUCAAGGCGUUGUUGACACAUUUGUCAAAUUCACAAAGUACUACCGCGACCUCGACGACUCGCAGUUGAAGAGGGCUCAUCGAUAUUUCUAUCGGCUAGCAUUCAAGCAGGACAUGAGCGUCAUGCUCUUCCGCGUGGACAUCAUUCACCUACUCUACAACAUGGUCAAGGGCCCCGAGCCUCUGGACAAAACUUGCGGGAUGUACAAAGACUGGGAGGAAUUCGUGAAGCAGGUCCUUCGACGCUGCGUGAAGAAGAUCGAGGAGCGCCCAGCAUUGAUCAUUGAGAUGUUGUUCUCCAAGAUCAACUCCACGGCCUACUACCUUGAGUACGGCUAUGAUAGACAAGUACUCAGCACUUCCACGCCAAAGCCUGCUGCCGCUCUUGAGUUUCGUCGUCCAGAUCUCCCCCUGGCCGAGCAGGUAGCAAUUGCUGUUGGCUUGCUGCUAGACAAGAAUGAGGCCGACCAAAUUGAAUGGGUCAAGAAUCAGCUGGCAGCCUGCGAGGUCGUGCGCUCUGUCUGGGAAGCAGCCGAGAAAGCUAAGCUCAUGGUGGAGGAGCCUGAUGGCACAAUGGCCUUGACGGAAGACUGGAAGAGCGCAAUGGCGGAACCUGAGUUCUUUACUCUGCGCCCCGAAAAUGAUGCGCGAAAAACUGCCAUAUUCAAGAACCCCCGCUUGCGCCUGCUCAUGCAGGUCCUUGGAUUUGAGCGUCUGUCUUCGGCUCUAGACGAGGAAAUUGGUUCACCUUGGACCAUACCCUCAAGACAUUUUACGGAGGACCUAGCGGAGUAUAAAACAUUGAUCGACAAAGCCGAAUUCAACCCUCCACCUUUCGAUGACGGCGAAACCGCUGAGGACCAGGUUCGACGCAAGACUGCUGCUCGAAAGAAAGCCGUAUAUGAUGAUGACAACGACGACAUUGACGACCUCCUUGACGAUGGGGAUGGGGAACUGUUCCCGGCUAACCUCAAACCCAGCAAACUUGUCGGUCCAGGACAUGACCGACCUGCUAAGAAGCGCCGCCUCCGCCGCAAAGCUGAUAGCGGGGGCGAUGAUGACCUUCCGACAGAGGAGGAGGAUGAAAUACGCGCCGAGAAGGCGCUGAGGCGGCGCAAACGUGAUCUCGAGAAACAGCGCAAGAUCAAGUCUGCGCUUUACGUCAAUCCCAGUGACGACGAGUCGGAUGCCGAAGCCGAUGCGGAGUUCUUUGCGCGCGAAGAAGCGGUCCGGCAGCGUGUCAAGAAGGCUCUCCAGUUUGCACCAACAGAUGUGUCACAACUUCAGGAGGAUGAGGUGACGCCACAGGGCAUUGCGGACACCAUCAAGAGACUGAUGGGAGACAGUGAUGCCGAAGAUGGACAGAGUGACGCAGCCGGCUCGCCACAAAGAUCGCAGAGUAGCUCAGGGUCCAGGAAGAGGAAAUCCGAUGCCCUUAUUGAGGACGACCAGCCGAGCAGCCCAGCGACGUCAAAGAGACGUGCUGCCAAGCCCAAGAAAACCAGGGGAGGGUUCCUAGCCGAUAGCAGCGAUGAGGACGAUGACAUGAACGACGCUGAGCCGUCGUCCCCGGCCGGUCAGGCCAGUGGUGCUGGCGGGCAGGAGGAUGAUUCAGACAGCGACCAGAUGGAAACAGAUGAUACACCCUUGUCAUCCAACCCCAAGGACUCGAGCAAAGAAGCACGGAGCGGCCAGCGAUUUCCGCUUAAAGAGAAAGCGGCCAACGUUUUGGCAGGUCAAGAGUCGGACGAUGGAGAGGAUGACGAUGUGCCGGUGGUCAGUAAGAGACGUCCAAGGGUCAGGGGUGGUUUUGCGAUGGACAGCAGCGAUGAGGAGUAA